AUGAAUGGACGAAUUAUGCAUGCAACAAUUGUUGAUGAUCAAGAGGUUAAUGAUCCUGCAAUUGAUACGGUACCAAAAUCGAUGCAAUUCAAUGAAUCCUGCGAAAAAUAUCGUUGUCUUUGUAAUUGUUUCCAUAUAAAAACUGGAGCUCUUAUUGUUGCUGGUACAGAACUUUUAAUGCUGCUAAUAUUUCUCAUUAAUUCGCUAUUGAUAAUUGUGGAAGAAAACAGUGAAUAUGAGAAAAUCACAGGUACAUUUGAUAAAUAUGUGAUGCAAUCAUUUUUCGCAUCAAUCAUAGGUAUCGGUGUUAGUUUUUUAGCAGUCGUUUUACUUUUUAUUGGACUAAUCCGUAAUAUUGCUGCAUUUCUGAUACCACAUCUUAUCACACAGGUGAUUGUAAUGAUAAUGCUUACAUUUGGCUUAACAUGUGGUAUUAUUGCAUUUACUACAAAUACAACGAUAUUUUAUCGAUUGAUGAAUGCAGCACCAUUUAAGGAACAUCCCGGUACUACUACUGUUGCAUUGAAUACUCAAACUACUGCACGAUUUAUCACUAUUUUCAUCCUUUACCUUAUUUGUCUUAUAUUACAGGAACGAUGCCGAUACAUGCAUUAUUGUCUUGCAUUUAGUACACCGAUGCAAACAUUGAUCUUCCGAUGA